AUGGUAAAUGUUUACUUCUCAGUGGUAGCAGGUAAACAGUCUUGCUAUUCUUGUAUGGGGGUAUCAAGGAAGGAAGAUUGUAACACAAUGAGGGACUGCGCGGACAAUUCGGUUUGUUACACCAGAAGAACAGUAAGCAAUGCCGGAAAUGUUACUUUUGAUUUUGGAUGUAAGCCCGUUACAACGUGUAAUAGCUUAACAUCUUCGGGAGUUAUCGGUCGUAAAAAAAGAAGCCACGAGAGGGCGUUGUGUAACGAGUGUUGUGACGCAGAUGCGAUGGGCUGUACGGAUCAAGACACCUCCAGCUGCGGUUGUAACAGGAAAUUAUGUGCACUACCUGAACACGGGAACAAAUACUGUUACAGCUGUAGGGCUGUGAAUCGUCCAUCGGAUUGUUUCAGUGUGGACGUUUGUAACAGUUAUCAGAGUUGCUCAACAGUUCAGAUGCAAUCCGGGCCUACUGCUGCAAUCCUAUACACCUUGGGAUGUACAGACAAGAGAAUCACAAUCAAGAUUAAUACUAAUCGAAGGGAAGCUUUAAUUAUGAAGAAACUUCAGAAACGUAAGAAAUAA